AUGACGAAGCUGAGCGUCGCCGCCCACUCCGGCGGCGGCCUUCCCGCAAGUGUCCGCCACGCGUUCCAUGAGCCCCACAGCAUGAAGCUCGUCCCCGGCGACGACGGCGUGCAAUUUCGAUGCGACGCCUGCAAGCAGCCUGGCUCCGGCGCGAGCGCGAGGUACGAGUGCGGGCGCGGAGGCGGCGUGGCCAGCUGCAACCUGGACCUCCACACCGGCUGCGCGCUGGCCCCUGACGCGCGGGAGAUCGGGGGCUUCCGGUUCCUGCUCCGGUGCGAGCCCGAGGUCCCCCGGUCCUGCGACGCGUGCGGCGUCGGCGCGCGCGGGCUCGCCUACCACUGCCCCGAGCUCGACCACGACGUCGGUCCACCCCUGCUGCGCAGGCCUGCCGGAGAGCUUGAAGCUGGCCGGCCUCUCCUUCGAGCUGUGCAUUGA